AUGAAUUUUUUUCUAUCCAAACAACCAGGUGAUAAAUCAAGAAAGAAUGAUGGAGAACAUGGUACAGUACAGACUUCAUCUCGACUUCCAUGGGUCGAGAAAUAUAGACCAAAAAAAGUUUCUGAUGUCGUUCAACAAGAGGAGGUUGUUUCUGUACUAAAACAAUGUUUAUCUGGUGCUGAUUUGCCUAAUUUGCUUUUUUAUGGUCCUCCAGGUACAGGAAAAACAUCUGUUGCUAUUGCUGUUUGUAAUGAAAUAUUUCCAUCUGAAGCAUCAUUUCGUGAUAGAGUACUGGAACUUAAUGCUUCUGAUGAAAGAGGAAUUAAUGUUGUCCGAAGCAAAAUUAAAGACUUUGCCCGGCGGGCUGUAUCAGUUCAUACAAAUCAACCUGGUGGUCCUAAACUUGCUUUAAAAAUAAUUAUACUUGAUGAGGCUGAUGCUAUGACUUCUGCAGCUCAAGCAGCCUUGAGGCGUACCAUGGAGACAGAAUCUAGGACAACUAGAUUCUUUUUGAUUUGUAAUUAUAUAUCAAAAAUUAUUGAACCAUUAACAUCUAGAUGUGCAAAGUUUCGUUUUAAAUUACUAUCACCAGAACUCCAGAGGGCAAGAUUAAAAUAUAUUGGAGAAAGUGAAGGUAUUUCUAUAGAGGAUGAGGCACUCGAUGAAUUAAUUAAAAUCACUAAAGGUGAUCUUAGAAGAUCAAUAACAAUAUUUCAAUCUUUAUCAUUUAACAAAGAAAUAAUUAAUGUUAAUCAGGUGAGAGAAAUGACAGCAUUUGUUCCAAAUGAAAUUAUUGAAGAACUUUUUAUCAAACCUUCAGAACUUAAAACAUCUGAUCUAGUGAAAUAUGUACAAUCUUUCAAUCGGAAUGGAUAUAGUGUCUAUCAAAUUAUUUUACAAAUGGUGGAUUACUUAACAAGCGAGAAAUCAAGUGGAAUAGGAGAAAUUGUCAAAGCAAAAAUUUUAUUAAAAAUUGGUAGUAUAGAAAAUAUGAUUUUAAAUGAUUGUGAUGAGUAUCUAGCAUUUUUAUCUCUUCUUGGGUGUAUUAAAACUGCUAUCAGUUAUGGAAACGAACUUUACUCAAAAUGA